GAUGGAAACUAAAAGACCCUCUAUUGGCCAUUUCCUUUCCCGCUUCACACAAUCCAUCCAAUUUCCUAAACACAAAUAUAACUACUUUUUCUUUCCUUGUUUUUCUCUCUUCCAUUUCUAUGCCACUCUCUUCUCCCUAGCAAUUUUCUAUGACGAACAAACAAAGAAAGAAAACAAGAACAAUACAUAAUUCAUACUAAAUCAACUCGAAAAUUCCCAUCUAACAUGUCGUCUUUCAUUUGAUUGUCCUAAAUGCGCUACAAUGUACCGGAGGACGCUGACCUUAAACUGGGAUGGUCUUGGAGAAGACAAUGAUCACUUCUUCGAGUCAAAUGACCGGCUUUCCACGGUCGUUCCCCAAGACUUGUCGUCCUCAGGAUCAGAUGAUGAGGUCGAGUUCGUGGAUAGUAGACGUUCCUUCUCUGCCUCGGUUUCUAUCAAGAAUAACUUCCGAGGCCUUGAGAUGGAGACAGAAAAACCCGUCUCCAUCUCCAAUUCUCCUCCUCCCAUUGUCAUGGAAGAUUACGGCAUGUGGAUGGCUGAACCAGGAGAUGUCAAAGAACGUCGAAAACGCUUACUCAAGGGAAUGGGAUUGACAAGCAGUAAGGAACUCCUCAAGCUAACAAGUACCAAAUUUAAAAGAGCCAUUUCAAGAAAAGUUGAUGCAUGCCAAGAUUCCACAUCAAAAGUUCACAUUUGUUCUUCUGAGGAAGAACUAAAACAAGAAGUUGACAUUAAUUCCUUUAAUAAAGAACUAAAACAAGAGUCAGAUCCUUCUAAUUCACCACCAAUUUUACUUCUCAGGGCAAGAUCAGAUGGUGACAUUGAGUUUUUCUCUGUCAACACCAAGAAAAGGAAAGAAGAACUGCUCGGAGAUGUUUCUAAACAACGUCUUACCAGGACAUUUUCAGGAGUUUUGGGACAAGCCACAAGAAUAUGCCAAUACACGAAUUCUGCUGCUGUAAUGGCGCCACCUAAAACGGGAACAAAUAAAUCUUCUCCGCCACAAAAUGGAAGCGAAACACCAUCAUCCACAUUGCCAAAUGGAGGUGCUGAUUCAGGAUUUUCUUCAUUUUUCCUGAUAAAAAAUCUGGACACAGGAAAGGAAUUCAUUGUCAAAGAGGCUAAUGAAGAGGGAAUGUGGAAUAAGCUCAGUGAUCUACAAACUGGGAAGCAACUUUCCAUGGAGGAAUUUGAGAAAUCUGUGGGAUACUCACCGGUUGUUAAGGAACUGAUGCGCCGAGCAAAUGUUUCGGCAAAUGAUGAAAGAAAACUAAAAGUAAAUGCAUAUAUCAGCAAGAGUGUCAGAUAUAGCAAGAAAACAGGAGUUGCUUUCUUGAAGAACAUAAAAGAAGUUGCAAAUAGCAUGAGCAUAGCAAAAGCUGAUAAAGAACUCGAGCUGCCUGCACAAGUGGAACAGAAACAGAAGAAGGAUUCAUCCCAAUGGAUUAAAGUCCGGCAGCAAGGAAAGAUUCAUAAAGAAUUCACGGCUUUGCAAUUGUGUCAAGAAAUUCAGGCUCAUGAGGGCUCCAUAUGGACCAUAAAAUUCACCGCGGACGGUCGGUAUCUAGCAACUGCAGGGGAAGACCGAGUAAUUCAUGUAUGGGAAGUGCAAGAAUGUGAUGUUAUGUCUACAAAACAAUCCGAUGAUCCGAAUUCUGGUGACACACCAACGGCUGGAAGUAAUUCGGAUCGUCCACCUUUGCCAGUAAUGAUUCGUAUGCAAUCAGAAAGAAGGAAAAAAGGAAAGAUUCCCAAUAAAAAGAAGGGACACUCAGUUCCAGACUAUGUAAAUGUACCCGAAAUUGUAUUUGCUCUCUCAGAAAAACCAGUAUGCUCUCUCAAUGGUCAUCAAGAUGAUGUCCUGGACCUAUCUUGGUCAAGUUCUCAGCAACUUCUCUCAUCCUCAAUGGACAAAACAGUCAGGCUAUGGGAUAUUGAAACUCAGAGUUGCUUAAAAAUGUUUGCACACAACGAUUACGUGACCUGCAUACACUUCAAUCCAGUCGAUGAUGACCACUUCAUCAGCGGUUCACUGGAUGGAAAGGUUCGAAUUUGGAAUGUAUCUGAUCGUAAAGUUGUGGACUGGACAGAUCUUCAUGAAAUGGUUACUGCUACUUGCUACUCUCCUGACGGCGAGGGUGCUAUAAUUGGCUCACAUAAAGGAAGCUGUCGCACAUACAGUACCUCUGAAUGCAGGCUGGAACAAAGGGAAAACUUUGAACUCGAACCCAAAAAGAAGUCCCUAGCGAAAAAAGUCACUGGUUUUCAGUUUGCUCCAGGGAAUCCAACAGAAGUGCUUGUAACUUCAGCUGAUUCGCGUGUCAGAAUUUUUGAUGGAUCAGAAAUGACACAUAAAUUUAGAGGUUUCCGGAAUACAAGCAGCCAAAUUUCAGCUACAUUUAGUCAAGAUGGGAAGUAUAUAGUAAGCGCAAGUGAAGACUCUCAGGUGUAUAUCUGGAAGAGAGAAGAGCCUAAAAGUGCAAACGGUAAAUCUAAAAGUGCAGCAAACGUUCAAUCAUACGAGCACUUCUCAUGUAAAGAUGUUUCAGUUGCCAUCCCAUGGCCUGGCAGUAUAAAGAAUCAGCCACCACUUGCAGAUCAGAUAAAUUCCAAAAGGGAUUCAAAACGUUCCCCCCCACCAGAUCCCACCAAUGGCUCUCCCACGAGGGAACAAAACUCGGCUGAUGCAAAUGGAAAGAGAAAUUUACCACCUCUGUCGGCCAAGAAAACCAGUGCAGUGGAGAAAAUCCAAACUUGUCAAGAUGAAGACUCGGCUCAAGACUCUCCAACAGACCGUGGAGUUGGUGCUAGUGAAUCGUUUUCAUCGAGUUUCGGAUCCAUCAGAGAUGGUGACUCACCUUCUAUGUAUUUUUCCAGCAGGUUUGAUGGUAGCAACAAUCAAGGAAAUAACAUUAUUCAAUCAACAGCAUGGGGCAUGGUAAUCGUGACAGCAAGCUCGGGAGGGGAUAUCAGGGUCUAUCAAAACUUUGGGAUGCCAUUGAAAGCUAGUCGACCGACCAAUCUCUUUUGACACUUAACAACUUUGUAUAUUGUGAACAAAAUGCUGCCUACAAUAAUUCCAUUAUUGGGCAUGCAAUUUUCUUCUUUAUAGUUGUUAAGAACUAGAGUCAAGCUCAAGUCCAGUACGCCUUCCGCUGUCAAUGCCUGUGACGUCAAACAGGCAAUUUUGGUACCCUUUUUAGAUUAGACGCCAAUUAGCAGAGUUUUGUUCAAUGUUGAAAAUAAUUAAGCAUUUUUGGCUGUUGAACUCGUUUUAAUUUGUGUAAAGCUCUGGUGUCUUUUGUAAGAGUCAGCAGACUCGCUGUUACAAGUGUUUAACGCUGUUUUUGGUACAGUUAGAUCAGCUCCUUAGUCAAAA